AUGGCCAACAUCGGUCCCGGCGCCCCAGUGACGAACAACGUCCCCAAGAACCCCCUCCCCAGCGACGGCGGGUACAACCCCCGCUGCAUGCGUCGCGACAACAGCGUCGACGCCGCCCUCGGCGCCACCGCGGACCGCUCUGACCCGUACAAUUUUGGGAUCCAUACAGCUGGCCAUUACAUUUCUGGAGGAGACCCGGGAGGAGAUGCGAUGGUCUCGCCUAAUGAUCCGAUUUUCUAUUUCCAUCAUGCGAUGCUGGAUAGGCUUUGGUGGAUCUGGCAGAUGCAGGAUCCGGAUAAGCGGGUCAAUGCCCAGGUGACGCUUGGUGAGAGGGAUGCGGCGACGAGGAAGCUUGAUUCGAAGUGGCUUAUUGCUGAUGUUAUCUCCGUUCUUGAAGCGCAUGAUGGGCUUGGGCGUGCGGGAGGGGCGUUUUAUCAUGUGUAUAUAUAA